AUGGCAGCUGCGAGUGGCGCUUCCCAUCAAUCUCCUCUACGCGUGGCCCUUCCGCUUGUCGGUGACGCUGCACAUCGUCGACUUCGGCUCCGACGGAGAAGGCUCUUCCAUGCCUCCAUCGCGAAGAACACCGCCCACGCGGUGGCCGACGAGGAGAUCCUGGUGAAUGUCGAUGCCGACAACAUCUGUGGCCCUGGCUUCAUCGAAGACGUGACCCGCCGAUUUGAGCGUGGAGUGGAAGCGCUUCAUUACAACACGGAGCAUGUCACUGGGACCUGUGGUCGGGUCGUGCUCCUGCAGAAAGACUUCCUGUUUCUGGGCGGCUACGACCAGGAGGCGCACCCCAUGGGUGCCCAAGACAUCGACCUCUACCUUCGCGCCGGCAUGCUCGCCGCCCAGCGCCGCCCGCGGGGGUCGCGGGAGGGCUGGCGCCCCGCACGCGAGACGGUCAAGGACAUGUCUUUGAUGAGCAUUGCUAUCCCCAACAGUUUGAAGCAAAAAGUGGAACACUGCGCAUCGCAGCUCAGCUGGGCGCAGAUGAAUGAGAGCAACUGGGCAAACUUCCUCGAGAAGCGCGAGCGCCAGGAAAUCAUCCGAAACAGGAACGUGCAAUAUUUGGGUUGUCCAGUGAAGCGCAUCUACUUCGUUCAGGGCGAUCAGACCGUCUACAUGGUGGAGCGCUUCAUUCGGCCUUGA